AUGGAGUCUCAAUCCCUUCGAGACCAAGGGUCGUGUUAUAGAUGUGAUGAGAAAUGGCACCUCGGGCAUAGAUGUAAGAACAAAGAGCUAUAUGUGCUCUUAUUGAGUGAAGGGGAUGAUGAUGAAGAAGAUUUAUGUGCAGUAAAAGAAGUGGCGGAUGAAGAAUUACAAGGACCUCGAGAUGAAGGGAGAAUUCGAGGGAACUUUGAUGGUGGUGUUGAUCGAUUGUGGGCGGGGGAUAUGCGAGGGGUGGUUCUUAAGUUGCAAGGUUUGACCAUUGUAGACGAUUUUCUUCCCCUAAAGCUUGGCGGCUCCGAUGUGAUCCUCGAAGCUAAAGUUGCUUUCAACCUUGAGAGAGUCGAAGGAUGA